CGCCGUUUCCAACAUGGCUGCACACAGUGCUGCGUUACGAGUGCAGUGAGUUGGUCAAGGAGCUUCCACUGAAUUUGAUCCUUGAGUCUACCUCACGACAGAUUCAUGAACAUUUCCACCGUUUAUGUGCCUGAUACUGUAAAUAUUAUAAAUGUUGGCGAAGAAGCUUUCUCAUUUGAAGAGUCUUCGGCUGGUGGUUUUCCGACAUGCCAGUCACCUCGCCAACCAUCAGUAUGACGUCAUUGUGGUGGGUGGAGGUCAUGCUGGGACAGAGGCAGCAGCUGCAGCAGCCCGAGUCGGGGCAGAGACACUUCUGGUCACCCAGAAAAUACAUACGAUCGGUGCACUGUCCUGCAACCCGUCCUUAGGGGGGGUAGGGAAGGGCCAUCUAGUCAGGGAAGUGGAUGCUCUGGAUGGCCUAUGUGGUCGGGCUGGUGACUGGGCUGGAAUCCAUUUUUCCAUCCUGAAUCGUAGAAAAGGCCCUGCAGUGUGGGGCCCGAGGGCCCAGCUGGAUCGCCCACUCUACCGCCAAUUCAUUCAAUCAGAGCUGCUCUCAACACCCCGGCUGACUGUGGUCGAAGGCUCCGUGGAGGAGCUGAUUGUGUCAGAACCAAACCCAGAACAACCUGGAAAACACAAAAUAACUGGAAUCCGUUUGACAGCUGGAGGCCACACAAUAUCAGCCACCUCUGUGGUUCUCACCACCGGCACCUUCCUUUCUGGGUCACUCUUCAUGGGCCAGACCAGCACACCUGGGGGUCGUAUUGGAGAUGCUCCAUCCAGCGCUGGGAUGUCCCACACCCUCAGAGAGAGACUACAGCUGAGGAUGGGCCGACUCAGGACUGGUACCCCACCGAGGAUCGUAAAAGACUCUGUAGACUUUUCCUUGGCUAAUCUUCAUCCCCCUGAUAGUCAGCCGACUCCGUUCAGUUUCCUCAAUACCAAAACUCACUGCAAGCCUGAAGAUCAGCUGCCCUGCUACUUGACCCAUACAACACCAGGUGUAGAGAAUGUGGUGAGGGAGAGCCUGCACCUUAACUGUCAUAUCCAGCAAGACACCAAGGGUCCUAGAUACUGCCCCUCCAUUGAGUCACGAGUCUUACGGUUCCCAGGGCGAAAGCAUCAAGUUUGGCUGGAGCCAGAGGGUUUGGACUCAGAUCUUUUGUACCCCCAGGGUCUGUCGAUGACCAUGCCCCCUGACGACCAGCUAGCUCUCAUCAGAGAAAUACCUCCCAUGCGCAACGCUGAAAUCCACACGCCAGGCUACGGUGUGCAAUAUGACUUUGUCUGCCCCACUCAGCUGACCCCCGCACUCCAAGUAAAAAGUACUCAAGGGCUAUUUUUGGCUGGACAGAUCAAUGGAACUACAGGAUAUGAAGAGGCUGCUGCCCAGGGGUUGUGGGCGGGGGUCAACGCUGCCAGGGCGGCUCUGUCCAUGCCCACGAUGGCGCUGUCCCGGACAGAAAGUUACAUCGGGGUCCUCAUUGACGACUUGGUGACGCGAGGGGUGACUGAGCCUUAUCGCAUGUUCACCAGCAGAGCUGAGUUUCGGACGUCUCUGCGACCAGACAACGCCGACCUUCGCCUCACGCUGAAAGGUUUUGAAGAAGUUGGAUGUGUAUCAUCACAGCGGUACCAGAAGGCUGUCAGUGUGAGGGACAGUCUGGAGGAUGCGCUAGCAGCUCUGCAGUCUCUGGUUCGCAGCAGUACAGUCUGGAAAAGGAUGCUGCCCAAUGUGCAUAUAAGCGACAACAAGAGUGUGACAGGCCUGGAGCUGCUGCGGUACAAUGACGUCACACCUGAAAUGUUGCUGUCUGCUCUACCAGAACUUCUGGAGCCCUACAAGGAACUGUCACAGAGGCUGAAGAUCGAGGCUGUGUACCGACCACACUGUCUGCUACAGAAGAAAGAAAUGGAGAGAAUACAGCGAGAGGAGAACAUGACUCUGCCACAGGACCUGGACUAUCUGUCGCUGCCCAUUUCCCUGUCACAGGAAGUCAGAGAGGUUCUGGACCGAGUCCGACCGAGCACGCUGGGUGCUGCGACUAAACUACAGGGAAUAACUCCUGCGGCCAUUGUCCACCUGCUCAACUAUGUACAGCAGUCAGAACGGAGGAGGAAGCGAGCGCACAGAACACAAGACCAGGACCGAAAAGUGCAAGAGUUGUUCAUCGACAAUCCAUGUUGACCAAAGAAAACAUUUGAAUAACCUAACAAUAUAUCAACAUAUAAUACUGCAGAGGCUGCUGGGUUUUCUUUGAAUGAAAUAUUUUAUUAAAAAUAAACAUUACA